UUACUAACUAUUGAAAAACUUUAGCCGAAUGAAUUAUUAUUAUUCGAGAUAUUAGUCCUAAUAUUUGGUCAUUAGUAUGACUGAAAAUAAACAUAGAUUGAAUCUGACAUGCAAAGUAAAGAUCGGAAUCAGUUACCAAAGUGAUUAAGCGACUAUCACAUAACGUAAAACUCAACUUCUACCAUCAAACCUCCACUAUGUGUUAGUGUUUGAUUCAAUUAAGUAUUAUUAAGCGCAAUUGAGAAAUAUGUGGGACCAACCAUAUACGGCUCCACAAUUUAAUGAAAAAAGAAAAAUUGAGGGAUAAAGAUAACGAACUCUAUAUUCAAAUUUGUAAUUUUAAAAACUAUAUUCAUUAUUGUUCAUCUCUACAUUUGGUUUAACUAUAAGGUGAUGAGUUUCUUAUGGAAACAAUCAAAGGUCGAAUUGACCCCUGAACAAAGAUUAGAAACAUUAUUAAAAACUACACCAAUUGUAGAUACUCAUAAUGAUUUUCCAUAUCUUUUAAGAAUUCAAUUACAUAACAUUUUAAGUCCAGAGACCAAGUUCGACUUUAAUGAUGAACAUUUAUUAAAUCAUACAUCAUUACCUAAGAUUAAAAAGGGUAGAUUAGGAGUUCAAUUCUUCUCCGCUUAUAUUGAAUGUCGUUAUCCUGAUGGAUUAUCUCAGGAUUUCAAUCAUAGAACUCCGAUAGUUAGAGAUACGAUUGAACAAAUUGAUGUGGUGGAAAGACUUAUUGCUAAAUAUGAUAAAGAUAUGAAAUUCGCUUGGACUUCAAAACAAGCGUGGGAUAUUUAUCAAAAAGAAGGAAAAUUAGCCAUAACUAUUGGUGUUGAAGGUUUACAUCAAUGUGAUGCAUCAAUUGCAAUGGUGAGAAAAUAUUUCGAUUUAGGAGUAAGAUAUAUCACUUUAACUCAUAAUUGUGAUAAUCCAUUUGCUACUGCUGCAAGUUCAGUAACUGCUGGUCUUGAAGAUAAAGGGUUGACUGAAUUAGGUAAAGAAUGUAUUGGUGAAAUGAAUAGAAUAGGUAUGUUAGUAGAUUUAUCUCAUGUUUCUUAUCAAACUAUGAUUGAUACGUUAGAAGUCACCAAAUCUCCCGUGAUAUUUUCUCAUUCUUCAGCUUUUGCCAAAUGUCCUCAUGCUAGAAAUGUUAAAGAUGAUGUGUUAUUAAAAGUUAAAGAAAAUAGAGGUGUAGUUCAAGUUAAUUUCUAUCCUGCCUUUUUGAAAAAUCCAGAAAAGAAAUCAGAUAAAGUUACUAUUGAUGAUGCUAUUGAUCAUAUUUUCCAUAUCGCUGAAAUCGCAGGUUGGGAAUCAGUUGGGUUAGGUAGUGAUUUUGAUGGUAUUGAUAAUGUACCAGAAGGUUUAGAAGAUGUAUCUAAAUAUCCUGAUUUAUUGAUUAAAGUCAUGGAGAGAGGGGCAACUGAUAGUCAAAUUCAAGGAUUAAUGGGUGGUAAUAUCCUUAGAGUAUGGAAAGAAAAUGAAGAUGUAGCUAAGAAAUUACAAGCUAAUAAUGAACCAAUUAGUGAAGGUGUUUGGGCAGGAAGAAAUUGGGACGCUCAUGCACGCAGUGAAAAACUUCCUUCAUUAUUCCAAGGUGCUUAUGAAUUGUUCUUCCGUAAAGAUACUAGUACUUGAAUUAGAUAUAUAUUUAUUUAUUUAUUUACUUUUAUAAUUUUUUAUAUGGAUAAAUGAAUAUUAGGUAUGGGAGAGAAAACAAAAUUAAAUAACAUUAGUAUUAAGAGAGAAACCUAAAUUCAUUUUUGUAACAUAAGA